GCCUUAGUCUUUGUAGACCAGGCACGAAUGCCUGAACUGCCUCAGUGUCUAGCGGGAUUGAUCAUCGGAUCAUUGCUUGUUUGCAAUUGGCUGGGAUACCCCCACGAGAAGAGCAUCUAGCAUCCUGCAAUGUGAAUACACAAGCUAAAGAAGACAUCACCGAUCAUUUUAGAUGAUCGCAAAGUUUUGUUUGACCUACGCUUCAGUGAAAUUGGAUAUUGCUUCCCAUCAUCAUUGCAUGACACGGAGUAAAACUUAAAACCAUCCGAAUAACCACAACGCAUUGUUUGAUAUUCACAAGUGGACAAUCAUCAGGUAGUUCUUUGUCACAACUGCCAGAAACCCUGAUAACCUGCAGAAUAUAGGUAUGGAUGAACUAUUCAAUUUUACGAGCAGUGAUUACAUAUUCGCAGCACACAUUGGUCUUAGUAUCGUUGGAACAGUUGGCAACACGCUGGUGGUCCUGACCAUUAUUGGCGUGAAGUUCUUACAUACCUAUACCAACUUCCUGAUAGCUCACCAGGCAGUGGCUGAUGCGCUUGUUUGCGUCUCCAAUCUGAUAUUUCAUUUCAGAUAUGUCCCUGUGACGCUCAUCAAUUCAGCUACGUGUAUUUUGUUCUACCACCGGAUAUCAUUUUAUAUUUUCGCUCUGGCGUCCUCCUUCUCUCUGCUUUGCUUGAACGUAGAGAGAUACAUCGCUAUCGUGCAUCCACUUCACUAUCCAAACUACGUGACAAACGCCAGAGUAGCACAAGCCCUGGUUGCCAUCUGGACUAUUUCGCUCCUGCUUGCUCUUGUAGUAGGGCUGACAUCAGUCUACUACGACGCAGAACUGAACCAGUGUGCCACUGCAGAGAGUGAUGUAUUCAUGCAAGUCGUUCAGGUGGCCACGGGCGGGUUUGCUUUGAUUGUCAACUUGGUAGGGAUAGUCGUGCCGUACACGCAGAUCUUGGCGAGCAUCAACAGCAGCGCGCAAAGACAACGGGCUAACGGUAUGGCGGUGGACGGGCUGCUACAAGCCAGACGACAAGUUAUCAAUGUUCUCAUGUUCGUUGCGGCAGCGUACUGCAUAACAUGGAUACCAGUAAACAUAAUCUACGCUUUACUGUCCUUUAAUGUUAUCGUUGAUCCACUUUUUUACGAUCUGAGUGAAGUGGUGAUACUUUGUAAUUCGGUGGUGAAUCCAUUCAUCUAUGCGUUCAAAUACAAAGAGUUCAGGAGAGGUUUCCAUAGGCUGUUCUCAUGCACCGGGAGACAGGGGAGGGUUCAUCCGAUUCGGUAUUAAAUGUAAUUCAUGAAUACCUAAGACAGUUUACCCAUUUCUAUUGGUCGAGAGUCCGUCACGUGGCCGG